AUGGCGCCCACUAAAGCGCCAGAGAAAAAGAACCAGCCAACUACGCUACCUCACACAACUAAUCGUAACCCCACCGCCCAAAGGAAUCAGAUGUUGCAGGAUGACAUUGAGGCGUUACCGGGAGCAGUCACGGGUUUGGACUCGGCUGAGAAGUAUCUCACCAAUGUUCUCCUUCGCCAGGCUGACGAACCUCUCUCCCUGCUCCACCUGGUGGGCAUCCUUUUCCAAGUCACCCAAAUGGCCAAACCCAUCCCACUUGCCGUCACCAACGCCAUCAGAGCUGUAGCCUUCAUUCUCAAACAGCAAGCCGCCUCGGAAAUAGCGGACGUAGUCGCCAAAGCGGCAGCCGAACAACUCACGAAUUCCCUCUCGACCAACAUCGUGAACAGUGUCAUAGCAGCUAUCGCCCCUCAAGUGGCUUCCAUACACACCACUGCAGAAUCUUUGAUAGGAACGUUGGCGCAAUCGAAGCAACUUCACGACGCAAUAGAAAGGGAAAAAGAGGAAGAAAAGAAUGAUCUCAAAACUGCAGCUGAACGCAUCGAGGAUGCGGUGGACACCCUAUACGAAUCCAUCGAGGACUGCAAUAACUCCUACAAGCUCCUCACACCGUCCCUCGAAUUCACUCAGGACCGUCUCAACAACCUCGCGACUCAGCUCUCCCAACCCCCACAUCAGUAA